UGCGAAUGGAUUGGCGUUUGCUUUUUCCUCCUCCCCCGAUCCAGGCUGCGGUUUGAAACAGACAGCUUCGUGCAGACAGCACAGAAGCAAGGAUGUACCCUGUUGGCCAGCCCCCUGGGCCCCCUGGCGGUGGUGGCGGCGGAGGAGGAGGUGGUGGCCCGGGAGGGGCGCCGCGCGCCCCACCCCCCGUGACUCCCGUGGGCACGGUGACCCCCCUAGGGGGCGGCCCCGUCCCUUUGGGUCCCGCACCCCCAGCCACGACACCCGUGGCUGCUGUCACGGCGGGUGCCCUGGGGCCCGCCGAGAUGGCGGUUGCAGCGGCGGCACUGCCCCAAUUCUCGUGUCCACGGCGACCCAACGUGGGCACCGAGGGGCGGCCAAUCCUGCUGCGGGCCAACCACUUCCAGAUCUCCAUGCCGCGUGGGUUCCUGCACCACUACGACGUCACCAUCACGCCUGACAAGUGCCCGCGCAAAGUCAAUCGGGAAAUAAUCGAGACGAUGGUGCAGUCCUACUCGAAGAUAUUUGGCAGCCAGAAGCCUGUGUUUGACGGUCGCAAGAACAUGUACACCCGGGACGACCUGCCCUUGGGCAAGGAGAAAGCGGAGCUGGAGGUGACCCUUCCCGGCGAGGGCAAGGACCGUGUGUUCCGGGUGGCCAUCAAGUGGGUUGCCCAGGUCAGCCUGUAUGCACUCGAGGAAGUGCUCGAGGGACGCUCCCGCCACAUCCCCAUGGACGCCGUCCAGGCACUCGACGUGGUCAUGAGGCACCUGCCCUCCAUGACGUACACCCCCGUUGGCCGGUCGUUCUUCUCGUCGCCGGACGGCUACUUCCACCCGCUGGGUGGUGGCCGCGAGGUGUGGUUCGGCUUCCACCAGAGUGUGCGGCCGAGCCAGUGGAAGAUGAUGCUCAACAUCGACGUGUCGGCGACGGCCUUCUAUAAGGCGCAGCCUGUCAUCGAGUUCAUGUGCGAGGUGCUGGAGCUGCGCGACGUCAACGAGCAGCGCAAGCCUCUCACGGACUCCCAGCGCGUCAAGUUCACCAAGGAGAUCAAGGGCCUCAAGAUUGAGAUCACCCAUUGCGGCAGCAUGCGCCGCAAGUACCGCGUCUGCAAUGUCACCCGCAGGCCUGCCCAGCUCCAGUCGUUUCCGUUGCAGUUGGAGAAUGGCCAGACAGUCGAAUGUACAGUGGCCAAGUAUUUCCUGGACAAGUACAAAAUGAAACUCAGGUACCCGCACCUCCCCUGCCUCCAGGUGGGCCAGGAGCACAAGCACACCUACCUCCCCCUCGAGGUCUGCAACAUAGUGGCUGGCCAGAGGUGCAUCAAGAAGCUCACCGACAUGCAGACAUCCACCAUGAUCAAGGCAACUGCGCGGUCCGCCCCGGACCGGGAGCGCGAGAUCAACAAUCUGGUGCGCAAGGCGGACUUCAACACGGACCCGUAUGUGCAGGAGUUUGGUCUGUCCAUCAGCAACACUAUGAUGGAGGUCAGGGGCCGCAUCCUGCCUCCGCCAAAGCUGCAGUAUGGCGGCCGGACCAAGCAACAGGCGAUCCCCAACCAGGGGGUGUGGGACAUGCGGGGCAAGCAGUUCCACACGGGCGUCGAGAUCCGCAUCUGGGCCAUCGCCUGCUUUGCGCCACAGCGCACCUGCCGCGAGGACGCCCUGCGCAACUUCACCCAGCAGCUGCAGAAGAUCAGCAACGACGCGGGCAUGCCCAUCAUCGGGCAGCCCUGCUUCUGCAAGUAUGCCACGGGCCCCGACCAGGUCGAGCCCAUGUUCCGAUACCUCAAGUCCACCUUCCAGGGGCUCCAGCUUGUCGUCGUCGUGCUGCCUGGCAAGACCCCGGUCUACGCCGAGGUGAAGCGAGUUGGGGACACGGUGCUGGGCAUGGCCACGCAAUGCGUGCAGGCCAAGAACGUCAACAAGACGUCCCCACAGACUCUGUCCAACCUGUGCCUGAAGAUCAACGUCAAGCUGGGUGGCAUCAAUUCCAUCCUGGUGCCCAGCAUCCGGCCUAAGGUGUUCAACGAGCCAGUCAUCUUCCUUGGUGCCGACGUCACUCAUCCUCCGGCUGGUGACAACAAGAAGCCCUCCAUUGCUGCGGUGGUGGGCAGCAUGGAUGCGCACCCCAGCCGGUAUGCGGCCACGGUGCGGGUGCAGCAGCACCGCCAGGAGAUAAUCCAGGACCUGGCAUCCAUGGUGCGUGAGCUGCUCAUCCAGUUCUACAAGUCGACGCGGUUCAAGCCGACGCGCAUCAUCUUCUACCGAGACGGCGUCUCCGAGGGCCAGUUUGCCCAGGUGCUGCACCACGAGCUGCUGGCGGUGCGCGAGGCGUGCCUCAAGCUCGAGCCAGACUAUAAGCCGGGCAUCACGUUUGUCGUCGUCCAAAAGCGGCACCACACGCGCCUCUUCUGCUCCGACAAGAAGGAGCAGAUUGGCAAGAGCGGCAACAUCCCCGCGGGCACCACGGUCGACCUGGGCAUCACGCACCCCACCGAGUUCGACUUCUACCUCUGCUCGCAUGCGGGCAUCCAGGGGACGAGCCGCCCGUCGCACUACCACGUGCUCUGGGACGACAACCAGUUCUCGGCGGAUGAGCUGCAGUGCUUGACCUACCAGCUGUGCCACACGUAUGUGCGCUGCACCCGCUCCGUCUCCAUCCCCGCUCCGGCCUACUAUGCGCACCUGGUGGCCUUCCGCGCCCGAUACCACCUCGUCGAGAAAGAGCACGACAGUGGUGAAGGCAGCCACCAGUCGAGCAAUGGGGACGACAGGACGGUUGUGGCACUUGCCCGUGCAGUCACCAUCCACCCCGAGACCCUCAAGGUCAUGUACUUCGCCUGAGGUGGCCCCGCCUCCUUCCUUGCGGGCGGCUGACUUGCCCCGGCCGCCCAGGGCACUGUGCCGGCGCGACUCCCACUGCGUCCCGGCUGGGGGAAGACGGGGCACCACCAGCGCUACAUCGCGAAGGCUGCGGGAGGGCCCGGCAUUGCUUGUCAAUCAGCUGCGGCUCCAGUCUCGGCGCUCCUCGGCGCGGGAAUGCCGUCCACUGCCAGGCUGAAUUAAAGAUGCUGCGCAACAUGCUAAUUGGCGACCCGACAGGUCGUGAUCGGCGACCCGACAGGUCUUCAUCGGCGACCCAAAGGGUCUGAUGGUGCAACAGGUGUGGGGCCUCUUUGAUACUGCAGGUGGACAAGAGCUGUUAACCAGAAUUUUCAGCGAAACCUCUCCCUGCAUUACCUGCAGAGAUUAUGGCCGUGUUUGCAGAAAGAGGCUUAGAAAGUCCUAGCUUUUUCUUUUAAUGUUGAGGGUGUAGUUGAGUAGCUGCAAGUAUUUUUCAAGCCUGUGGUGGAACGCAGACUGGAUGCCUCUCAAUGUAUGUUGAAACGAUUCGAAGGCAGGCUUUUCCUCCCAGCUUGUCAGAGGCAUUCCACGCCAGCUCUGUCAUUACCGCUGCUGACAGCGAUACCGCGAAGCUUCCAGUCUGUCCCCAGGUAUGCUGCUCAUGCAAAUACCACACGAGGAGUCUCCUCCGGGGCCCUUUCAUAUUCAAUCUCUUAUUGACCUAUGGCAUAGUUCAUGCAUAUUGCGAUCAUUCCAUUCUUUCCUGCUAUCUGCGUGGAUGGUGGGGAGGUAGUUUCUUCUGCACAUUUUUCAAGGGGCUGACUGACAGGGCUUAACUUAUUAGCCUCGCUCAUUUCAUUUGCACCACUCGACAUCCACAGGAGCCCCCCUCGGUUCCCGUUUUUAAUCUGUCAGUCUGCAUUUGUUCUGCCAAUGCAUCGUCACCAUGACAACGUUGGUGGAGCUCUCUCCCGAUUGAGCGAAGCCUCUGCUGGGAAUCCAGGGCGCACGACUCAGUCGCUUUGUCGUGGCGACAUCUUCAUAACUUAUGUGGUGCCCGAAAAUACCAAAUAGUUGACUAUGGUAGCUCGUAUUGUUCUAGACUUGCUCCCUGCCUGCCAUUUUCUUUGUGGGUGGCGUUUUGGUUUCCCCCAUGUAUUCAACCUUUGUUCUUUAUGGUGACCGGGUCAAGUCUGGAGGUGGCGUGCGAUGGUCACACAAUCCACCCAAAAUGUGUUCCAAGCGGCGGGGGGGAUGGGGGGUACAUUAACAUUGCGAGGCUCCUUUGGUGCAGCAGACUGCCGAUUAUGGGCACUGUUCCACAAGUUGCCUGGGCAUGCUAACCAGCUUAGCGCAGCCUCCAUUGCGGUAUGUGGGAUGUUCACCCACUUGAAAGUGGGUGAGACUUAAAGAUCCUGUAAUUAUACACAUGGUUACCACAUCUGAUGUGGUAACUGUGUUCAGACUUUUAAAAGAGGGUAGCACCAGUAAGCUGCAAGAGAGGUUCAUUCAAUGACAGUUAGUGUGACCCUUGCAACUGGCUUUAGUGUCUGCGAACUUUGGCACCCAGGCAUUGAAGUGGCGAUAGUGCUUUGGCCCAGCGGAUGCCUGGCACAGACGCUGGGUACUUGCUGCUAAGGACGAUGCCAGGGGUUCAUGAGCUGCACCGAGGCCCUCUCCUCCCCGCCUUUCCUUCCCCAGCCAGCCUGCGUUCCUGACUUGGAGCUGCUUGCCACUGUGGGUGUUUUGCACAGAGUGUGUGGCGCGUCAGAACAAUUGUGUAGUCGAGGGAAAACGUGGAACUUAAGUAGCGUAUCAUCCGAAUGCAGUGUGAAUGCUCACAAAAUUAGGAAAUUACAUAAGCUAACAGUUCAUUGGAGAGCCUCUGCUCUAUUAGCGAGCCAAUGGCAAAUGUGGAUAGUUGACAACUGGUAAAAUUAGAACAAGCUAUUUUAAAGCUUUUUUUUUUUAUCUUGCAAGAGCAGAAAAUUCGCAGGAAUGUUCUGUGUGAUUGCAGAACAUGUUCACUAUCCAAAUAAGUAUACCGGCAUCAAGUCCGUAGGGGAAAAGAAGGGGGCAGAAAAAAAAAAUUUCUGGAAAAAAAAAAGAACCCGUAGUAGGAACAGCGUUCUCAGUGGGUCGUGAAACCGCUAAAGUAAUCUGCAAGCAACAAUUUUAAAAUGCGACACUACAACUAAUUUUCUUUGCUCUGCGGUCUUCAUUCACAUGCCCGAUUUUAUCGGCACUUCUGCAGAUAUUAGUGUUUUAUGGUUUUUAUCUCUAAUCAGUUUCCGUUUUCAAAAAGUAAUCGUACCUGGGGCCGUUUUCACAAUUAAGCCUAUAGUACGUGGAUGCCACCACAUGGUGGGGACUUGAAGAAGCCAAGCAAAAGUAUGAGCGAUCGUUACAGCGAUAUUGUUCACUCCCAGCUGCAUGGAGGUGAGCAAUAUUUCAUUCAGGCAUUCGUGAUAGGCUUGCUUUGCAUCUGUACUUGAGUUAUCACGUUUAGAAGUGUUGUGGUGCCCCUAUGUUUAACACACAGAAAGAAAAGAAAGAAAAAGCCGGGCAGCAGCUAUCUCGCGAUGACUGUCGACGUUAAUGCGAUUAGCAUUCAAGCAGUGUGGAGGGAACACCGGCCGUCUUGCCACUGCCGAAGUGCGUCGUGCACGAGCCGGGCUCCUCACUCGUGCUUCCCUCUGGAAACAUUGCCCCGUCUGGUGGAGCAACCCGCAGAGUCCUUAUGCUGGCCUGUGCUGGUGGCUUGUCGGUGCGUGCUAAUGCUAGAAAUUUAUUUUGCUCCCUGCGAACGUUCGUGGCGCUGUGCUAAAGUGUCGGACUGCCGUACAUAGCUCGUGUGACGCAGGUUCGAAUGCUGACAAACGUUAGGGGAUAUUUUCUUCAAGAUGUGCGUGAGGAGGAUAGAUAGGUAGAUAGAUGGACAAGGUGGCUGAAGUAGACUAAGAAUGCUAAUUGCAUUAAAGUUAAAGCAGCCAUAGAAAUCUGCUCUUCAUAUCUUGCCAGUUUUUUUCUGUGAGGUACAAAGAAAUUGAAGGGUACCUACCGUCAGUCGGUGAUGAUCUUCUUUGAUUUAAGCAACGAGUCUCGGCCGAUUGUUCGGGCCAAGUGCCUGCUUCGAAACGGGCAGCGCCAGUACUGAACCAAAGGCAAAAUUUCAAUGUAGGUACUGCCGCCUGCCCGCUCAGCAAGCACACACCCGAGGUCUGUGGGCACCACCAGGGUGGCCAGGGCUGGAUGAGUAGUUCACCUUUCGUUGGAAGCACAGUGUAAUGGCACGUUGCACAGCAUGGAAUGGCAUUGAUCAUUGUCUACUUCCGGCAUUUAAAAAGAGGACAUGCAGUAUAACCUUGCCGAACCGAUGGUACGUUUGGCUGGUCUGCACUGCUGUCUGGCUCAGAUUGCCACAGCGUGGAGCCCGCUCUUGAUUUGAGCUCGAGAAAGUGUGGCCAGGCCCAGUGUGCAGCCAAAGCUGUGGGGAGGCUGGAAGAGGAGAUGCGCGUCUUCUGUUCUCAACAGUCAAGGUGGGCCAUGUGCCAAGGCACCGUCGUGGCUAACGCUUCGUUGCACUGCCACGUCGAAGGCGAGCACUCGGAGUCGGGGUGCAGUGCUCCGAAAGUACCAGCCGAACGUUAUGAAGUAGCGUGUCCCACCAGAGUGCUUUGGAGCUCUAAAAAAUGACCAGCUGAAUGUACCAUACGUUAAUCGAAGGGAAGUCGCAUUAGCACAAAAUUCGUUGUGUAACCAUUGCCCACCCUCACGACCAACAUUAGACGCCAGAGUGCAGUUCCUACUGAGCAGACCCCAGAAACAAUAUGUUGAGUGCACGAGUUGCUAUAGGAAUUUCAAGGGGAAUAGUGAUUCCUUCUUAAAAUUCUGAUGAUCUGUUUCGCUAGGACGUUUCAUUACAUAUAGCAUGUGACAGCUAAAGGCAACAAGCAAACUUUUAUAUGCUGCAGAAAUCUAUAUUUAUGACAAAUAAGAACUAGAGGAAACUGCUAGGCACACAUAACAAAGGAAACUGCACUGAUGGCAGCACAACAAGCUAAACAAUUGGAGUAUGGCUGCUAGCGAGACAUUAACGGCUGUGCCAAAUGACUUGGAAGAAAUAGAAGGCCGGACCGUCUGAAUUUCACACUUAAAUCGUGGCAUAGAUGACGAGUCUGAUGUUGCAGGUUUCGUGGCGUACCUGAGCCCUGGUAAUAGUUUACACAAGUUGUUACAUUUACCUUUUCUUUUCGUAUGCAAUUUUAUCUUUUGUUGGCAGCAGCUACAUUAAAGUAGAUGCUGCUCGAAAUGUAUGACAUUGGGGCUCUUCAGUAAUUGCUCACCUUUAUGGCUUUCCAGUGCUUUGCUCAUGGUAAGACAGACUCGGUGCAAUCAAUCGUCAUUUUAGUGAAUUCAAUCUGACACGAAAUCAAUCAAAGGAAAUUUUAUUACAAUGUUAGAAAAAGUUCAUACUUUCUUCAUAAGCAGAUAUACGUUGAACACUUACACUGGAGCUAAACAUUCAAAAUUUACAUUGUUAUAUCUAAAAGUUGACUAUCAGUGCUCAUUACAUCGAAGUUACACUGUAUUCGAGAAGUUCGAUCUGUAGGUUAGGCUAGGGUUCAUCUCUUGGAGAAAUUGCAGGCACACCUCUGCAGUGAGGCUCCCUUGGCAAGCAGCAUGUCGGGCGCAGAUGGUUUGGGGCGGGCACUAGUCACUUGGGCCGCUGAUGCACCUCCUUCUCCCUCUUCUGCAAACCCUGCCAUCAAUUUGCCCCAGGAGGUAUUUCCGUUUGCCCAAAGCACUCCCCUCCUGUUCACUGUGGGUAGUACUUCCUUGCUUGCUUCCGCUGUGUUUUGUGUGUGUGUUAGCAAAACUUUGUCCCGAAAAUACAGAUUGUGUUGGCCCCAUGCAUUUGGGCCCCACUCUGUGUUGACAAAUUUGUUUUUCGGAUCGCACUGCCACCUGUGACGUGGCGUUCUCCUGUUGCUGCCGCGUGUUUAGCUUUGUUCGGACAAUGGAAUGGUGUGUUGUGUUGGGCAGGUGCUGCUUCACUUGUUGGCUGCAAGAGCGCUCGUGAAGUGAAAGGCUGCAGCGUGCCCCCGUCAAGCGGGCAAGUUAGGUGUACCCAUGGAGAGUGCACUCAGUUUUAAGUGCACUUUCCCAAAUCUAAACAUCGCAAGCGGAGUGUACUCGCAGAAACAUGCACUCAGUCGGCACGGAACGCACUUUGCUGGUCGAGUGUGUAGCCUCGCCGCCAGUGGUUUCAACAGUACAAAAGGUAAUGCAUAGAAAAAGGACACAGUUCAUUCUAGCUGUUUGAUAGCUUUUAACAAAAUAAGCUGACCAGAACUCACUGAUAUUCGGUUCUGGCAGGAUCAAAUGCUGCCUCGUCGCACGCUACCAUAUUGUUCUGGAUUGGCUAGUCAUUCGUCUUGGCCGGCCUUGACUUGUAACACUCUUGUGAUAGAAAUAUUUUCGUUUUUUUGUCGAGUAAAUAUAGAUUAAGAUUGUCUUUAUUUAUAAUACAACUAAAGCAAUCUCUUUUUAGGUUUCUUUAUUUUGAUCCAUCGUCAAAAAACAUGAUUUUAGUCUAUGGACAUUUUUUUUUUUAGUGCAAGUGCGCUCUGUUUUCGCGCUUAGCACUGCGUAGCCUUAAGUGUCACUCAAGGUCCCGAAGUGCACUCCCCGUAAGUGCACUUGGCUUGCCCGCUUGACAGGGGUAUAAAGCUCGAUACACACCUGUCAUCCCUCCUGUCAUCGUCGUGGCGCCAGUUUUCAUCGGGGGAGAACCUGUCUUCGCCGGUUUCUCCCGAAUGCCAGUGACCUUGUGAGCAUUGGCUGUUGCAGGCAUCCCUUGAAACCACCCGCCGUGGUUGCUCAGUGGCUAUGGUGUUGGGCUGCUGAGCACGAGGUCGUGGGAUUGAAUCCCGGCCACGGCGGUCGCAUUUCGAUCGUGGCGAAAUGUGAAAACACCCGUGUACUUAGAUUUAGGUGCACAUUAAAGAACCCCAGGAGGUCGAAAUUUCCGGAGUCCUCCACUACGCCGUGCCUCAUAAUCAGAAAGUGAUUUUGGCACGUAAAACCCCAUAAUUUAAUUAAUUGCUUGAAACCGGUGAGGAAACACCUUCCGCUGAAGUAAACUGGUGCCAUGUCGGGACUAGUGAUGUCGAGUGUGAAUUGUGAGCCUUAGCGAGACACUGCCUCAUUUGGUACUGGGAUUCCUUUGCACGUGCGGAGCCACUUCACCGAGCCAGUGUUGUGCAGAGCCUCUCAGUGGUUGGUCACACGCAGUAUUUAAUUGCAGCAAGUGUUGCACACGGCGGUUGGCAGCCACUGCGAUAGUUACAUGCUGCUAUAGGCGGUCGACGGUAGCACUCGUUGCGACUUCUCCUGAAGAUGCUUGUGGAAAGAUUUGAGUCUGUCUUCUGUGUUUAUUGGCACUGACAGUGAUGCCCUUCAGGGGUAUUGCUUCUGGUCAAGUGACUUAACUGCAGUAUGUCAAGGUGCACUUGCCUGUGAACUGCAGACCUUCUUUUUUUUUUUUUUGCAUACACAAAGGACUAACACAAAAGGGGGCAAGUAGUCUGCAUUCCAGACCCAUCAAAUGUUCUUGCAUUGAAAUGAAAGUGCUAUCAUGUCGCACUUUCUCAAACAUGUCAACUACAUGGCACACUCCAGCAAGUCGUGUUUAGGCUGUCUCCUCAGCAGUAAUCAUCUUGAUAUCGAUUACCUGCCCCGUUUUAUGUUAGCCACACCCUGUGCUGCAAGGAGGGCAUGCAGGCUGGUGCAGUUAUCAGUCCUUGCCUUUUGUGGAGCUGAAUGCUGUGCUGUUUUCUUGUUGGUGUUGGGAAGGAUCAGACGGGGGCCAAUUCUGCAUGCAUUUUUAUUUUUCUGCUGGUCAAAGCAGUUUGUCGCUGCUUCUCUCUUCAAGGAGGGCCCUACGUGUAACUGUUUUGGGGAAAGCCUUAGCCCAAGUUUGCCUGCGUUUAGGGACAGUAUUCUAGAGUGAUAACUGUUGGAGAUGCUGUCCCUUUCGCGAGAUUUUGUGCGACUCGGCACCAGAUGCAUUGACAUGUACGGCUGACCGCGUUUAUAGUGCUGUGCCAAGCAUCUCGUCUUUGCACACUGCCAUCGACUGUAUACUUCAAUCGUCCUGGGCCGAAUCAAGCUCAGUCGUGUGAAAGGUGUAGCAUCUGCGAAAGUGAUCGCAGUUUAUCAAGGUGUCACGAGACUGUUCAUUCCAGUAGAGCAUUAUUUGUUUUCGGCUGUUGUUUAGGGCUCCUCUGCUCUUGCAGUUUUAGGUUGUGCUACUUGCAGACUUCACAUUCAGUUCAUCACUUGUGAUGAAGUGAUGUUUCGCUUUUAUGAUGCACUGUUUCGGGGUCAAGGCUUGUGACUGGCCAAGUUUACCUGGCACACCAUCUUAGCUCUGCUGUUACUGAAUGCUUGAAGUUGAGGGACAUAGCAUGUUGGAAUGGGGCAGUUUAACUGAAUAGGUAAGCCUGUGCAGUGCUGGUUGGUUGGACUCACUGUUGUGUGUUGAAUCCAGAAAAAGAAAAUGCAAUUGGUUAUUGUGUGCUGUGCACUUCAGUGACAGUUUUGUUAAUGGGUUGCAAUCUUUUGCCAACUUCAACAAAAUUAGCUUGUUAUCCCAGUCAUUGCAGAUGAGUAAAGACAGCACCUGGAGUUCAGCAUGAAGGUAUUGGUCAGGUACAGUGACUUGUUUUUAGGUCUGCAGUUUAAUGUACAUGCAGUCAAAGCUGUGUAUUGCAAGAGCUGCUGUGUUUGCUGUAACUUUUUUUUAAGAUGGUAAAGCUAGCACAUUUGCAAGAGCUGGUUGUUUCAUGAUGCGAGCUCCCGAAAAAAACAAAACUGUGGCUAGGGUAUAGGUGAAUAAUUUCUAUCAUACCUGGGAAUUUUAUGUGACCUGUCUUGUGCGUCCUGGUUAUCAAAAUGGCAAACUGAGUUGGUGCGCAUUCAUUGUUAGAAAAAAUGCGAAGAGAUGAAGGCUACAAAAGAACAUCAAUGCUAAUGAUUCGGCAUGCAUAUGCCAAAUCAUUAGCUUGUCAUCGGUGUGGACGAAGAUAAGAUUGCGACCCUCAAAUUAUCUGCCACUGCGUAGAGAAGGCCUCGGGAAAUCCGUCUCGCAAUGGUGCAAGGUCAUAGCAGUGUGGCCCACACAUUGCCGAGAUUGCAGGGCUGUCAAAGUUGGAUGAAACUUCUCUCAAACGAGCAAGGUAGAAAAUUGGGCACGUUGGUAUGGGUUCGUUAUCAGAAGUGCAAGAGGGGCACAUUCAAAAGGGAUUCUCUUUGAACACAUGGAUCAGCAAUCGCACGAAAUCGUAAAUAUAUUUUUGUUGGUGACACUAAAAUGUGUGUGCCAUGCCUGCUCUGUGCUGUGGCCGAUAAUUUGGGUUUACAACCUUUAGUGAAACCUUUCGGUUGAUAGUAACUGUGUUCUUCUGCAUCUUGGUCCCUUCGCGAUUCUUCUAACAAUGAAUCCCAUUCAGUGUGCCAAAGGAGAUAUUGGGCUGCUUCUCGCCACGGCGAACACAGUUCCCAGAAAAUUGUGCCAGUUCCUCUUGCUGGGAGCACCUGUCUUACGAUUCUUAACUUGAGGGUAAAAAAUGCCACAGAUCCUUUAAAGAAUCUGAGAGGCUUGACCUGAUGCGUGAUUUGGCGCAAAGCCUUUUUAUUGUUGACAAUUUACGAAAUAGCAUGCCAUGAAGGGUCAUGAUUUUGAAGGUGGCAGUUGUGUUGUUUUACCCUGUAUGGCGGCUUUUUUUUUUUAACCUUGUUGUUUUGUGUGCUUCAUGUUAGCAAUAUCUGUUGUGAAAUUGCUUGUGUCUAAGGGGUCGUGCUUCUUGGGGACUUCCCUUGAUGGACUCUCGACACAGAUAGCCGACUACACAAUAUUUGCUCCUUAUUUACAUGACCUUGCUAGUGAAAUGUGAAAGUAAGUCUUAUUAUAUACAUUAUAUAUAUAUCUAUAUGGUAAUGAAAUUGUCAUGUGUCUGGGAGCUUGACAUUAGUCAUAUCAGUGAGUUUUCUAAGCAAAUUGUUUUAUUCAUUCCGUGGAAGCUUCUGUAUUAGCCGAGAGAGCAAUUUUUGAUGAUGUUGGAUAUUGAAGCCCUCCGGAACAAUGAAAUGUGAGAGCUACUAGUGGCGCGAGUCCUUGCUUAUUUAGUGUGGUCAUUUAUUUUAAAUGUUCUUCAAAUGGCUACAAAGGGGAUUUUUGGUUUCUGUUCUGAUUUUACUGCGGCAUGAAAUGCCACCUUGCUGCGCAUCGGAAGUGUUUGUCCCAUGUGUGUUGUUGGUGCGAGGAUGCUUUUGUUGAAUCAACUUUUGUCUGGGCAUGUGUUGUUGUGAUUUGUGGGGCGAGCGCCAGUGGGCAGUGUACGUUUACCAUAUUUACUCGGAAAUAGGUCGAACACAAAUCUGGCCGAUUCUUGCACAUUGCGCUCGCCAAGAAAUACAAAAUUGUAAUUUGGUCGACACUAUAUAUAUUUAACUCGCUGAGAAAUAUGAAAUUAUCAUUUGGAAAUAGGUUGAGCCAUAUCUCUUUAUAAAAAACGAAGAACUUUGAACAUGUACGGACCUUUAUUUACUGCAAGUUCAGCCACUAAAUCUGGUAGUCGAUGCCACAAGCUGCAUGCACAUUGACGCUGCCAGAAAAGUCAUCCCUGCUUGACAGGCAUCCUCAGUGCCAUCGAGUGUUGGAUGUGCAACAUUUCUUGAAGCCAGGCUGGGUAAUUUCUGUUAUUGGUUUUGCAGUGGGUGCAACUUCGUCAGCUUAGUACCUUGCUAGCUUUGUUCCCGAUUGUAGGUUGUGAUCAUGAAUAUAGGUCGAUGGCUCAUUUUGGGUAACAUUUACGAAAGAAAAUGGUGGACCUAUGUUUGAAUAAAUAUGGUACUUUGGCUGCAGAUGGACUACUGGUGCUUGUGCAUGCUUUUUGUGAAGGACGGUGCGGCCAGGAUUUAGGCCAGCAGCUGAGUGGUCGAAUGGGGAAGAUGGGACAUCUUUCUCCAUUCGUUGUGCCGACCCCAAGGUUAAUUACGCAUCAGUGAACCAGCUAGCCCGUUUCAGUAUCGGCUGAUAUCAAUGCAACGUUUGUCGGUAUUGCAUAUGUCCCAUUGCCUCUCCUUGGCCAGUCGUCUACACUGUUUGCCAUGUUGAGCACAAACCAAGAAGGGUGAACUUGAGAUCCUGAUUAUAUUGCACUUAGUGUUACACUGACGAUUUUAAGCGAAGGACAUGAUGUGGACGUAUGCAGCGCAAUUCAUGAACGUUCAUGAACAUUCACCAACUAGCACCCUUCAUUGCUUUACUCAAUGAAUUUGAGAACACAUCAACAAUUGGCGUGAGGGGGAGUUUUUGCCUAACCGUGCUCAGUGAAGGUUAUCAAUUUCCAAUUGAUGCGACUCGUGAUGUGCGGUUUUCAAUCGGUAGUUGUUUAGUGCACACGUGCUGAAACCUAUCAUGGGAGCCUCUUUGUUGGCAAUUGAUUAUGCUACCUUCGUGGACCUUUAAUUAAGGUUUGCACAAGCAACUCUGGUUCUAUCUGCAGCCUAACUUUCAGCCAGCCGAAAUCUCAGCUGCUUGGCUUCCCCACAUGGUCAAGAGAUUUGAUGGAGAACUGUUGUCUUGACCUCUUCCGACAUGUGCCAUAUGCACAGUGUAAUUACCUGCAUAUACAUUACUCAUGUACGUGGGUGCCCAUGAAUGAACCUCAGCCAAAGGAGCAGUUGAAAAAUUGAAUGGUACUGCUUUGAGCUACUAUAAUUUUUUUUUCCUUUCGCCUUAAAUAUUAUACAUAUGUAUAUUUCGAUGGCAUGCGGGCCUAAUGCAGCUAUCAGUGUUGACUGGUCUGUGGUGUGUGUUCUAACCCAUGGUGUGUGCUUAGCAACUUGGAGUACCCCCGUAUCGAAUUGCUUGUGCACCAUCCGAGUCACCGGGCGACUCUGGCUGCUGAGUUGGGCGAGCCCCUUUAUAUCGUUACUGUAACACUCCCCACUCUUGGCAGCCACCGUCUGUAAUCGUUGCUCCCUUUUGUCCGCCUCAAAAAGCAGAGAGUUGUUUUAGCUCGGAGUUCUUAAUAUAUUCUACGCUGAAUGCAUUUUCUUUCUCCUUCCACUUUAGUCCUUUGCAGUCAAGUCUAUUUCACCUUUUGCUUGCACAGCAUUCCCUGAAUCGUGUGUCGUGUCUGUGUGGUGGGAGCCGCAGGCAAUGCCCAGUACCCAUAAGAGCCGUGCUCGUGUGCCGUCUGUUACCUGCAAAAGAAAAAAAUCUUGUUCCUCUCGCUAGCACUGCAGACACGGCAGCAAAGAUUGCCUCGAACUAUGGAGCCAACACCUUCCUACACUUGACAUGCACGUGUUCCAGCUUUUGGAUCCACGAGAAGAGCUCUGCGUUGUUUGCUACAUCAGUCUCGCAGUGACAAAUGCACUUGUGGUUCCAGUACAGAUUUCUGAAGCUGUUUUGUGCAACUCAGUUUGAUGCAAGGUAAUGUUACUGUGGUGGUAUGUGGAACUGUGUUUAUUGAGUUUGCCAGCAGCUCCAGUUACUGCUUAUGUGCACGGUAAAAAACCUCUGGUGGUCUAUGCUAACCUGGAGACACUCAUUAAGGAGUGCCUCAUGGUCAAACCUUGUUAUAAACAAGUCGUAUUUGGCACAAAAAUAGCAUUGUUAUAUCCAAUAUUCGGUAUAAGCUUAAUUUGUUGCACGCUUACAUUAGUGACAAUUUUAGAUUUACUUCUUUAUACUUGAAAAUUCAUUAUAUCCGUGCUCGUUAUACUGAGUUUGACUUUCAUCGUAUUUCGGUUAUAGCACGUGGCAGCCCAGAAUGUAAUUUAAAUUUUUUUUAACAAAUUCGGGUUUAAUGCAGCUGCAGAAGAGGUUGCCUCAAGCGCUUCUGCUCUCGGCUACAUACAAUUAAGCAAGAAAUCGGCGAUCUAGCAGCAAUGCCAAACAGCCCAGCGAGCACGAUUCCUCUGGGUGCGUGACUGUGUCCCUUCUGCCUCGCUGUGCCACACAUUGUAGUCAUCCCUCGGGUGCGGCCGGCAUCCGCUCUGAGCGCACAAAAGCGAACAUCUUUCAGGCCCUGUACGCGUUUAUUUAUUGCAUACCGAAUAUGAUUGUGCCUGUUAUAUUGCGCGUUGUGUAUAAAGAGAUAUCCUGA